AUGGCGUCAGAAGAGGGUGACGUUCGAGUGGUGCAGGACACUACAACGUACACGAAGGCAAUUCGCAAGGAUGCCCAGGCUUCAUGGGUGCGCGGCCUCACCCCAGUAGAGGAUGAGGAAGAGUUGCAACAACGACGGGCGGUCGCCCUGAGAAAAGCAAGAGCAGCAUCACCGGUUGCAACACCCAGCCGAAGGAAACACUGGUUACGUGUGCCUAUUCUGCUUGGCUUCAUGUCUUCCUUAAUCAUUCUCCACAACGCUCUUUGGGGGCCUGCGCGGCGUCCUCUUGACUUCCCGGUGAAUGAGGAGGAGUUGUGGGAGUUCUCCCCGAGGUUUCCGAAGGGACUCAUGGUCUUUUUGAUGGAAGUAUGGCAACUAUGGAGUACAUCGACUAUAUGUGCGUUAUUUGGCUUGACGCUCUCGUGGACUAUCGGCACCUCCGCGCGCCACUUUGUAGCACUUUGUGGUGUGGGAAUCUCACUGCUGUCUCUGAUUGCGGUGAUUGGACAGCUCAUAUUGUUGUGGACAGCCUGUGGUAUCUCUCGCUCAAGUGGAAAGGAUGAGUGUGAUGUACCAUUCGUGCUUUAUUACACGCUUAGUGUGUUUCGUACGUUGGGCCCGCUGCUCGCCGUAUGGUGCGUGGGUCCCGUGCUAGAUGUCGUGUGGGAUUCCGGGUGGCAAUGGCGGCUCCUUCUGGGGUCUCCCGUUUUCAUUUACGCCGUCGCGGCGGUGGGGGAGGUGCAACUUAAAGAGCAACUACUCAGUAGUGUGCCCGUCUACUUGACGUUGCUCGCGUGGGGGAAGCUUUUGUUGUCUUGCAUCAAGGAGAAGCCGUUCCGGGUCGUCUUUGAGGUGAAAGAGCACGGUGAUUAA